GAAAAACCCUAAUUUCCUUCAUCACUAUAUAAAUAUCGUAACCUCUUCUUCGUCAAAACUUUUCCCGAAGCCCCUCGCAGUUCUAGGGUUUUUGCAGCAGCAUCAACAGAAGAAAUGGGAAAAGGAACUGGAAGCUUUGGAAAGAGAAGGAACAAGACUCACACUCUCUGCGUUCGAUGUGGACGCCGAAGCUUCCAUCUCCAGAAGAGCCGUUGCGGUGCUUGUGGCUACCCUGCUAGCCGCAUCCGGAAAUAUAACUGGAGUGUGAAGGCUAUUAGAAGAAAGACCACCGGGACUGGCCGCAUGAGAUACCUCCGUCAUGUGCCCCGGAGGUUCAAGACUGGCUUCAGAGAAGGUACUCAAGCAACUCCCAGGAAGAAGGCAGCUGUUGCUGCCUCAUAAGUUCGUUGUGGGGCAAUGCUAGUGCAUUUUGUUUUGAGAUUUACAAACCAGAAGUUUUCUGUUAUUAUCAGUUGUGUGUUAUUUUUGGUUUUCUGAGUAAUCCCUGCAAACAUUAAAUUUUGUUUCAUUAUGAAUUUAAACAAUUUAAUUUUGAUUACUGAGUAUAAUUUGCACACUUGUGCAAUGUGUGAUGGUAUAAUUUAUGCCAUUUCCAUCUUA